AAACCUAUCAGUUGCUGUGGAGCGAUUUGACGGAGAGAGCGUGCGUGUGUUAGUUCAAUCUGGACCAUCACUGUUACUCGGGGGUUUCUUCAAUUAACAUCAAUGUGCCUCAGCCAUUUGGAAAGAUAGUACUAGGAACAGCUCGCCUUUGUGAAUCUUGCAUGCAAAGAGCAGAGGAUCUUCUCGCCGGUCAACGGCUGCGUCAUUUCAUUUAUUUCUCAUGAUCUAUUAAUUAAACGGAGGCAUGAGGGAUUUCCUGAGGAUUACUAAUUGCUUUGUAAUACUGUGCCUGGUGCUGUCGUUGUGGACCCAGGUGUCCCAGUCCUCGGGCUAUUUCGAGCUUCAGUUGCUCUCCGUGCAGAAUGUAAACGGUGAAUUGUCCAACGGGGACUGCUGUGACGGUCCCAGAAACGCAGACCUGCGCUGCACCCGGGAUGAAUGCGAUACUUACUUUAAAAUAUGUUUGAAGGAAUACCAGGCGAAGGUCGCUACCACGGGCUCGUGCACCUUCGGAGCUGGAUCUACGAACGUUCUCGGUGGAAAUACUUUCUCUUUUACGAGUACUACUAAGAACAUGCAGAACAGACUCGACGAGGCUGGCAAGGUGGUUAUACCUUUCCAGUUUUCUUGGCCGCGAGCAUACACAUUGAUUGUUGAAGCUUGGGAUUGGGACAACACUUCAACCAGCAAUCCCGAGCUGCUGAUCGAACGUCACGUCCACACCGGGAUGAUCAACCCUGGAGAAGACAGCCAGACAUUUCAGCACAAUGGACCAGCUGCAAGUUUCCAGUACAAAAUCCGUGUGAAAUGCGGCGAGAAUGACUACGGCUCUAUGUGUAACAAGCACUGCCGACCCAGAGAUGACUAUUUUGGUCACUUUGUUUGUGAUCAGAAUGGGAACAAGGCCUGUAUGGAAGGCUGGAUGGGGGAAGACUGUGUGCAAGCUAUUUGCAAACAAGGCUGCAACCUGCUCCAUGGAUCCUGUGCUCAACCUGGCGAAUGCAACUGCCAGUACGGGUGGCAAGGACAAUUCUGCGACGAUUGUCUCCCGUACCCUGGCUGUGUCCAUGGAACCUGUGUCAAGCCAUGGCAGUGUGCCUGUGAGAAGAACUGGGGUGGUUUGCUGUGCAACAAAGAUCUUAACUACUGUGGUACACAUCACCCCUGCAUUAAUGGAGGGACCUGCAUGAACACGGAGCCUGAUGAAUACAAGUGUGUCUGUCCGGACGGCUAUUCUGGCAAGAACUGUGAAAUUGCUGAACAUGCUUGUGUCUCAAGUCCUUGUGCAAAUGGUGGCAGUUGUCAUGAAAUCCCAUCCGGCUUUGAAUGUCAUUGUCCCCCAGGGUGGAACGGUCUAACCUGUGCCAACGACAUUGAUGAAUGUGCCUCCAAUCCCUGCGCUCGAGGGGGUACAUGCAUUGACAGAGUAAAUGGGUUUGAAUGCAUCUGUCCAUCUCAGUGGGUUGGCAAGACCUGUCAGAUAGAUGCUAAUGAAUGUGUGGGGAAGCCUUGCCUUAAUGCUUACUCUUGCAAAAACUUAAUUGGUGGAUAUUAUUGUGACUGCUUUCAAGGAUGGGAUGGCCAAAACUGUGACUUCAAUAUCAAUGACUGCAAUGGACAAUGUCAACAUGGAGGGACGUGUAAGGAUGAAGUGAAUGGGUAUCACUGCCUCUGUCAUCCAGGAUUUGUUGGCAAACAUUGUGAAAUCCAGAUAAACAAAUGCGUGAGCAGCCCCUGUAUGAAUGGGGGGCGAUGCCAGGACCUGAUAGAUGGCUUCCUCUGUCAGUGCCAGCAGGGUUUCUCUGGUAUUUUCUGUGAGGUUAAAAGUAAUCCCUGUAACCCCAACCCUUGCCAGAAUCAAGCUUCAUGUUAUAAUGUUGGAGGAGAUUACUACUGUGCCUGUUCUGAAGACUAUGAGGGGAAAAACUGCUCCGACUUCAAAGAUUAUUGCAAAAACACCCCUUGCGAAGUAAUUGACAGUUGCACCAUCGCAGUUGCAACCAACACCACCCAGGAAGGUUUGCAGUAUAUUUCCUCCAAUGUGUGUGGACCACAUGGGCGAUGCAUUAGCCAACCAGGAGGAAACUUUACUUGUGCUUGUGAAAAAGGAUUUACUGGGAUCUACUGUCAUGAAAAUAUUAAUGACUGCAUCACCAAUCCCUGCAAAAAUGGAGGAACAUGCAUCGAUGGAAUCAGUUCAUUUCAGUGCUUCUGUCAUGAUGGCUGGGAGGGGAAUUUAUGUGAGAUUAAUGUAGAUGACUGUCGUCACAAACUUUGCAAAAAUGGUGGCAAGUGUGUGGACUUGGUAAAUGAUUUCUACUGUGAGUGCCAGAAUGGUUGGAAAGGCAAAACCUGUCAUUCACGUGAAAACCAGUGUGACGCUAACACGUGCAGCAAUGGCGGGACCUGCUAUGAUGUUGGAGAUGCUUUUCGAUGUGCCUGCCCUCCUGAAUGGGGUGGCAGUACCUGUAAUACUGCAAAGAACAGCAGUUGUACUCCAAUCCCUUGUGAGAAUGGUGGAACGUGUGUUGGAGGAGGUGAUACUUUUACAUGCAUCUGCAAGGAAGGCUGGGAAGGAGCCACCUGCACACAGAAUACCAAUGACUGCAAUCCUCACCCUUGCUACAAUGGUGGCAUCUGUGUGGACGGCGUCAAUUGGUUUCGAUGUGAGUGUGCACCAGGUUUCGCUGGACCAGACUGCAGAAUCAACAUUGAUGAAUGCCAGUCAUCCCCUUGCGCAUAUGGUGCCACUUGCGUUGAUGAAAUAUAUGGGUAUAGGUGCACCUGUCCUCCUGGAAGAGCCGGCCCCAGAUGCCAGGACGUUGUUGGCAUUGGAAAGCCAUGCAGGUAUGCUAGUCUGCAGUUCCCCCAUGGAAGCAGAUGGGAGCAGGAAUGCAAUACUUGUCAGUGUUUAGCUGGAAACAUCGCUUGUACCAAGGUUUUGUGUGGUAGAAAGCCUUGUCUCUUACAGAAGCGUCUCGGACAAGAUAACCACCAGUGCCCUGCAGGUCAACAAUGUCAGGAACACAAUUUCUUUACCUGUUUUUCACCACCUUGCCACGAAUGGGGUGUCUGCAGUGCCCCGGAGCCUCCUGUGCCCAUUAAAACCCAAUGUCAGCCGCAUACGGGCUACUUGGAUAACGGCUGUGCGCGGAUCACGUUCAUGUUUAACAAAGACAAAGUGCCACAGGGCACCACUGUGGAGAACAUCUGCACUGAACUGAAGUACCUCGAAGCAACAAGGAUGCUUGCCAAGGAGAGGUCUCUGCUGGUGCUUUGUGACAUCUCCUACUCCAAUGAAAAUGCUAUUGAAGUGGCUAUAUCAUUUGUGGACGACGAACAGGACCACAGCCUCAUCCAGGAUGCUGCCAGUACAAUCAUCAACACGCUCUCCAAAAGACAGAACAGCACCCUCAUGCUGGCUGUAGUAGAAGUCAAAGUGGAAACCCAAGUUAUGGGGAAAUCAACCGACUACCUGGUUCCUGUUCUGUGUGUGGUGUUCACCAUUCUCUGUGUUUUCUGCAUUGCCAUCUGUAUCUGGUGGACCAGGAAGAGGAGAAAAGAGAGGGAAAGAAGCCAGCCAUCCAUAGAGGAGAAUGUCAACAAUCAGUGGGAACCACUGAAUCCUGUUAGGAAUCCUAUAGAUAAGCCAUGCAGUAACAGAGACAUGCAGUAUGAAUGCAAAAAAUUAAUGUCUCCUCCAAACAGAACUUGCGAUGGAGAGGACGAGGAGGAAGAGGAGCAGGAGGGGGCCAGCAUGGAAGUAGACAAGUGCCCCUCCCACAAGUGCACAAAAACUUUAUUGCCUGGGAAAGGGGAUGCUGUCAGCACAGCAAACAGCACUCUGGUGAAGCAGCCGCACCGAACGGCCUACAGCUCAAAGGACAAUAGGUGUAAAAAUGUAAAUGCAGCUGUCAGCAAAGACGUGAUAGACAAUUGCGUAUGAAAAUAAUUAAUAAUCCUCUGUGCCUACUUAAGCUUGUAAAAAUGGAAAUGCAUAUCGUUGUCUUCAUCAUGGACUUCAAACCAUUUAAAAAAAACAAAAAAAAAUAUUCCAUUGGCUAUCUCUGUUUUACAGAACACCUUUUUUCCAUUUGUUUUUUUUUCUGGCUAAAUUAUUUGUGGUUCAAUGACAAGGCUGAUAGGUUUCUUUGGAUAGCUGAGAUUAUAUAUAUUUUUUUUUGUACAGUUAAUUUUACUCUAUGUACCAGAGGAGGAAGGUGCCUCAAUUUGUAAUUGUUUACAGUUUUUUUUUUUUUUGUUGUUACUUGGUGUAGUUUUUAUAGGACAAAAGGGAUAAGACUUUUGUGAACAUUAAAACAAUAUUUAGGAUAUCCGUGAAUGGCAGCUCACAGCACUCUUUACAAUUGUUUCUAUUGUUAGUCAUUUUCUUUGUUUUUUCAACAGAAUUUGCCUUAUGCAACACACAGCUAGCCCAAAACAGUGAAGUGACUGCAGUUGUGAAUCAAGUGGCCUUUUUGUGUAACUUCUAGGAUUGCAGUAUUUGUGCUUGUAGCAAGUGCCUUGUGAUUUCAGUUUGUAUAGCAGCUGUCAGACUGUCCUGCCAGUUUAACAAUAAAAAAGGGAAGAGCUCAUUCACAACACUGCUUUGUACAUAUGUAUAUAGGAAAGGAAUCGCUAUGUAUAUUUGAAUUUAGUAAGACCAUUAACACUUUUUUGUUUGUUUUUUUUAAAUGCCAUUCCUUUUUAUUUAUGUUUUGAAGCAAAGGAUGUUUUAUGACUGUUUAAAUGUUUAUACAAAGUAUAACUAUACAUUAAGAACAUAAUUAUUGUCAAAUAUAACCACUGGUUAUGUGUAAAUGUAUACAGAAAUAUUUGUUUGCUUUACAGAAUGAUUUAUCUCCCCGUCCCCCCCCCCGUCCCACCCUUGUACUGCUUCAGUUGAAGAUAAAUUUGUUUGUACCAUACUUAAGUCAUGGGGAGCAUCUCCCUUUUCCUUUUAAUUUUGUGAAUGUCAAACAUGUGAUACUAUUUGUGAAACAGAUCUCUGCUUUGGAUACAGGCCUAAUGAAGGGAACAA